GUUUCGUCAAUUCUUUGCAGUGCAUGCUGGGAACAGACCUUGCAGGCAACAGCCUCAGCAGCAAGAUGCCGACAACUCCUCAACGUGCUGUGUCUGGCCCCUCCCUCCCAGGAAAGCGAGACUUCAUUUCCCGGCACGCUUCGCUCCUCGAGUGAUGAGGCCAUUUCCAGUCUGGAGGAGGAAAGAAUGUCGGGAUGCCGCGUUGUUGUCCCGCGAGAAGAGAGGGCGGAAGGCGGCGGACUUCCUCGGUAGCGCGUUAAAGGUGAAAGGGAAAGCAAAGUGUCUCGCAGGCGCGGCGACUUGUCGCGGUGUUGCUGCUUCCGCGCCCGCCUGGGCGGAGAACGAUGAGCGCCGUGAGGCGGAGACGGAGGGCCACAAGCUGCGGUGGUCUGGCGACCCUUUUCCUGGUUGCCUCAGUGGCCGUGGCCCCGUCGCGCUAGUGACUUGGGCCACCCAAACAAAAAGGGCCCGCCCUCCUUCUGAGGAGCUUUCCUGGCUGCAGGUGUCAUGGAUGAAUUAGCUGAAGAUGACAUUGACAUUUUGAACCAUGAAAAAGCAGACACCCAUCAUAAAAGAGAUGGAGAAAUUCCUAUUCCAGUGUAUACAGGUGAAGAGUCCGUUGCUUCUCAUUUUGCACUUGUCACUGCUUAUGAAGAUAUUAAAAAACGACUGAAAGAGACAGAAAGAGAGAAUUCUCUCUUAAAGAAAAGAGUAAGAUUGUUAGAAGAAAAGCUUCUUGGUGCCCAUUGGGAAGGAUCUGCAAGCUCUAUAGGUCGUGAGCAGGUUAACAAAGCUUACCAAGGAUAUCGAGAGGCUUGUAUUAAACGAGAUAAUCUGCAAAUUCAACUGGAUAAAAUGAUGAAAGAGAGCAGUGAAUCCUUGAAAUUGUUAAAUGAGCAGUUGCAGUCUAAAGAAGUGGAGAUCCUACAGCUAAGAACUGAAGCGGAAACUCAACAAGUGAUGAAGAGUUUGAAUUGUAACCCUUCUAACUGGGAAAUAGACCAGUUGAAUAAUGCCCUAAAGGUGCAUAGUUUGGAGCAGGAUUUAGAGAAGCUGAGGGAAGAAUGUAACGAUCUUAGAAAAGAACUACAAAAAUCUAUACAAAAGGCUGAGUCCAAGGAAGGAAUGUUAAUAAAUGGAGAGUAUAGCCAGCAGCACAACAUUCAUAGUGAAAACAUUCAGCAAGUAUACUGGGAAUUGAAGAGGGAAAUGUCUAAUCUGCAUCUGGUGACUGAAGUGCAAGCUGAAGUGCUGAGAAAACUGAAACUGAUUCCAUCUGCAACUAAGAAAGUGUCAUCUCAUGCGCCUGUUCAGUGUAUUGAAGACCUGGAAAGGGACAUCACAAAUCUACAGUUAGCUGCUCCUGGAGUAGUGUGCAAAGAGAGGCUCCUUACACCAAGUGACCAUGGUUUCUGCAGUGCAGUGUCUUCCCAAUCAUGUACUGAGGAGAGACUCCCAAUCUGUGACCCUCCAUUUCAGGAACAUCACUCUUAUGGAAAAAGCUCUCUGGAAGAUAAUUCUUGGGUCUUCCCAAGUCCUCCAAAACCUAGUGAUACAGUGUUCUGGGAAAUGAAAGCUAAAGUGUCUCAUGUAAUCUUUCCAGACAACAACUUAGAUCAGUAUAACCAAAAUUGCCUGCAUAAGAGCUAAGGAACUUUUAGGAGGAACUUGAUGUAGCUCUGACGAGGCUCUUGUAUGUGUUAGAGGACAAUAGUGGAGAAGGAGGAGGAGGAAGAUGAGUGUGGUAACCCAAGCUGGACCUUAUCUUUGACUGCUGUCUAAAUUUGUAAGCACUUCCACUGAAAUCAAACUGGCUGGCAUGUGAUGUAAGACCAAUAUACAGGAAUCAAAGUGAGUCCUCAGCCUUUUGAUUGGACACCUGCAAAUUUACGAGUGCAUUAAACUGUAAAGUAAAACAAAAGCUGUGCAUUGCCGUAAAUUAUGUGAAGAACUGCUUUAUUAAUACAGUCUUCAGAUACUUCUACAUGCUGUGAGAAUAGCCUCUUCCUCCCCACCUCUCCUCCUUAGGCUUCUUGGGUAAAGACACAUUAGAAUGUGAUUUAGGUUUUUUGCCUCCACUUCUGAAGCAUUUACUGGUCUUUCAUAAUGUGUGGUAUGUAUUGGGAAGGAAAUGCAAGUAAACAAAAUGAUUGUGACUUUGUAUAAUAAGCCAAAUUACUAUGAUUCCUUGUUUAGACUGUGUGCCCUUAUUAGUCUUAUGAUAAAGAUUUUGAGGUGGUAGAAACAGAAUCUUUUGAAAACUUAUGGCAAUUGAUUCAUAAAUGGUUAGUGAAUAGCAUUCUGCACACACUGCUACCUGUUUUGAGAUUACCUAACCAAAAUGCAGUGACCAUUUGGGUGCCUAUCUGCCUGUUACCAAAAUCUUUGCUUUACACUUUCUAAACCCUUGGCCAACAUCAAGACUAACCUUGCACUCAUGGAAGAGAGUUUUUCGUUGUGCAAGGGGGAAUGGCAAUUUCUCCUUCUGUCUGCAGCCGUCAGGGAUAUAUUUUCAGGUGUGUGUUAUGGAGCCCUUGAGGACAUAUUUUUGGGUACCAUAAAUGGCUGCAGAGGGAAGGGGAGGUUGCUGAAAAAUCACCCCUUUCCCCUUGCAUGACAAACACUUCCGCAGGCACAAAACUAGUCUGGGUAUUGGCUGCUAUCUUUGCUUUGAUGUAGAAACCUCCAGACGCCUUAAAUAAGCAGAUAGAACUGUAACAUUCUAAAUGAAUUACCUUUCUAUAACUAAUUAUUGCAUUCAUAAGAUGUCCGCAUAAAGUGUCCAAAACAUGUACAUGGAUUACAAAGUAUUCAACGUACCUCUCAACAUUCAAAUAAUUGUUAAGCGCCUGGCUCCUUAUGCUGUAUUACCAAUUAGUUAGUUUUCUCUUGAAGUUUAAUAGUAACAUGUUGAACAACUUCAAAGCAGAGUGGAUGCCUUCAUGAUGAGUAGAUAAGCAGAUUUCCAGCAUUACUUUACACUCCAUGGGCUUCUUAACAUGAAGGGAGAAAACAACAGGAUAGUAGUGUUUGUAGCAUUAAAAAGGUCUAGUUAGAGCCUGACAACACAGUGGUGGGCCAGCUCUGAGUUUUGCUCUUUGUCUCCCUCUGCUGUUAUAGAUUCUUGCCUUCUGCCAUUUUGUCCUUGCUUCCCAGUUUUUACUGUAGAGACAUGAAUAAGGAAAAGUAACAUCUGUAUAGAGGCUUGUUCUUAAACAGUCAUGGAGGCUUGCCAUGGAGCUGUGUGUAUGCAGUGUUCCUGUACAAUGAUGUCAGUUGUGUACUAUGAGAGGGGAAGAAAUGCCAUCUUCCCUUCCUAGCAUUGCAGUUUAAAUAUUUUUGUGUUGCUUUCCCCCCCGUUUUCAUAUACUGGAGAAUUUUAUCUUGGAGGAAGAAGAAAGGAUGCUUUCUACUGUGCAAGUGAAUGGCAUACAUAAAUAAUGUGCAUACCAUUCACCAGAUAUUGUUUUAUAUCUCUCAUCUUGCUCACGUAUCCUGGCUUGUCUGUGAUUAAUGGAAACGGUGUCAGAUGCUGGAAUUUAUUCUGACCAAUGAACAUAGCUGACUCUAGGGAGUACAAUCUCUUGCGGAGUAAUAGAACAAAACCCAAUAUGCAUAAAAUAAAUCCAAGUCACUAGACUUUAGCUGAUAGAACCAACUACCUGUGUAAUAACAAAUCGGAAGAAACCAUUUCUCAUGUGGCUUCAUAGUUCUGAUGUGUUUCUCAGGGUUGUUUCUUUGGUUACAAGUCCUGGAUAAGUAACACUCUCCAAAAUACAGACUCGCUUAACAAUAUACUAACUAAAUUUGUCAUAUUCUUAAAUAAAUUAUUUUUGUUUGGAAA